AUGAUGCCAGUUGACCUGGGGCAGGCCCUAGUCCUGUUGCCACCACUGACAAAGGCAGAGGACCCCCCAUUCCCUGGACCAGAUGCUGCCCCUCAAGGGGAACUCUCUGGGCCUGAAACUGCCCGCCAGCUUUUUAGGCAGUUUCGAUACCAGGUGCUGUCUGGGCCCCACGAGACCCUGAGACAACUUCGGAAGCUCUGUUUCCAGUGGCUGCAGCCAGAAGUUCACACCAAAGAGCAGAUCCUAGAGAUCCUCAUGUUGGAGCAGUUCCUGACCAUCCUGCCCGGGGAGAUCCAGAUGUGGGUGCGGAAACAGUGUCCAGGCAGCGGAGAGGAGGCAGUGACCUUAGUAGAGAGCUUGAAGGGAGAUCCUCGGAGACUGUGGCAGUGGAUCAGCAUCCAAGUUCUGGGACAGGAAGUCUUGUCAGAGAAGAUGGAAUCUCCAAGCUGCCAAGUGGAGGAGGCAGAGUCCCAUCUUGAAGUGAUGCCUCAGGAGUUGGGACUUCAGAAUUCAGCCUCAGGGUCUGGGGAGCAACUGAGCCACUUCGUGAAAGAGGAGUCUGACACUGAGCAAGAAUUAGUGGUGGCUGCUUCUCAGAUUCUUGUCCAGCCUGAGGACAGGCUUGUCAAAGACCAGGACUUUGGAUCCUCACUUCUCCAGUCAUCUUCUCAGGAGCAGUGGAAGUGCCUGGAUUCUAAUCAGAAGGAACACUACUGGGAUCUCAUGCUGGAGACCUAUGGGAAAAUGGUCUCAGGAGGCAUUUCUAAUCCCAAGCCUGACCUAGCUAAUUCAGUGGAGCAUGGGAAGGAGCUGGGGGGGGGGGGGGGACUCCACCUUCAUUCCAGUGAGAAGAUCCCAACUCCCACCUGUAUAGGAGAUAGACAGGAGAAUGACAAAGAGAACCUAAACUUGGAAAAUUAUAGGGAACAGGAACCUCUCGAUGCCCCCUGUCACAUCUCAGGAGAAGCACCUCCUCAGGCUUCCUUGAGUGGCUUCUUCAGUGAAGACGACACAAGAUGCUUUGGAGAAGGAGAGCAUCUCCCCGAUGUGCAAGGAAAUCUCCAAGGUGAGGGGAAAGGGGAUCAACUCUCUCCUCAGGAAAGAAGUUCUGGAAAACAGUUAGGCCAACAUUUGCCUAACCCUCACCCAGGAGACCUGUCCAUGCUGUGGCUUGAAGAGAAGCGAGAGUCCCCUCAGAAAGGCCAGCUGAGACCCCCCAUGGCCCAGAAGCUCCCUACCUGCAGGGAGUGUGGGAAAACCUUUUACAGGAAUUCUCAGCUUGUGUUUCACCAGAGAACUCAUACUGGAGAGACGUACUUUCAGUGCCCCACCUGCAAGAAAGCCUUUUUGCGGAGUUCAGACUUUGUGAAGCAUCAGAGAAUCCACACAGGAGAGAAGCCUUGCAAAUGUGAUUACUGUGGGAAAGGCUUCAGUGACUUCUCUGGUUUGCGCCACCAUGAGAAAAUCCACACAGGAGAGAAACCCUAUAAAUGUCCCAUCUGUGACAAAAGUUUCAUUCAGAGGUCAAACUUUAAUAGACAUCAGAGGGUCCACACUGGAGAGAAACCUUAUAAGUGUUCCUGCUGUGGGAAAAGUUUCAGCUGGAGCUCAAGCCUUGAUAAACAUCAAAGAUCCCACUUGGGGAAGAAGCCUUUUCAAUAG